AUGCUGUUUAAACAAUGGAAUGAAUUUGUAGCUCCAAGACAUGAAUUGGAUUCCCCAAUCAUUGCAAGAAAUGAUGAUUCAUUACAAUUAUUGAGCUUGCCUGAAGUUCACAUGCCAGAAACAGAUUUGUCAAAAUAUAAAAAUGUGGUAUUGACUACAAAGAUUAUGGAUCCUUUAUUCCCAUCAAAAUUACUAUCCGCUGAAAAGAUUGCAGAUAUUACAACUACUUUAAAAAUAGAUGAAUCACAGGAUGUAGGUGAAUCAGAAAAUCAUUCUUGGGAUUAUGAAGAAAAUUUCCCUAAUGAAGUCGGAUUUAAAAGAGACUCUAAUAAUCGAAGAUUAUUGUCUUUCUCAUCCCCAAUAUUUGCAUUUAAAGAUACGAUAAUUAUUAUGAUUGAAGAAAAUUUUAUUAAGAUGUCGGCGAUCUUCAGUAACGUCAUUGCUGAGCAAGUCAUAAAUCAUCUAUUGAUCAAUGGUAAUCCAGAUUUAAACUUUAUAGCUAUUGGUACAUCUGAUAGAAUACUUAACAUUAAAAAAUUAACACAAGACCAUUGCUCAUUAGAGCCACCUGAAUUUGUCACAGGAUUUAUUGGCAGUAUCCUAACUCAAUUAAUCUCUAAAGAAGUCAAUGUCUUUACAGGUAUAUUAGCUCCUAGUGAAGGUCCGAUAGGAUUUGAGAAAAUGACACUAGAUGUGAUAAAAGAAUUGAUUGAUAUUUGCCAGGAACUUUUAGAUAUCAAAAGUACAGAAUAUUCAGUCGAUUGUCAGCGUAUGUGGAGAUUAGAUGGUGCAGCCAUUGGAGCUCAAUCCGGUUUAUAUAUAUAA